AUGUUGGAACGACCAUUCAGCCGCUCGGAUUCACUUGUUUGUAACCCAGGGGUGGAGAAAGCACAAGAGCGAACAAGAGCGAACAUGCAGGAGCAGGAGGAGAAGGGGCUCAUGGAUGAUCAUGCCCACUUGGGUCAGAAAAUGGAUGCAUCGGCGCGCCCUUCGAAUGACAACGCCAAGCCUGAUUGGGAUAAGCGCGACCGAGACGCCAAGAAAUUCUAA